AUGUCAGACAACAAGCUAAAGAUGAUCAGCUGAUUACGUGAACUAUAACAUUAAUAUUAGUUUUGUUCAACGCAGUAAUUAUGAGGAAAUUCGCGAAAUUUUGGCGAGAAUCGGCUAGCUUGAUUAUCCUAGCACGAGAUGGAAAUCAAGUCUCCCAUGGUGACUACAAUUAUAAGGUACUCGUCUUCAAGCGAACGGAGAAAACCUCAUUUAUGCCCAAUAGCAUUGUUUUCCCGGGUGGAGCAUACGAUAAGCAGGAUGAGAGUGCGCGGUGGGUUGAAUUGUUUUCUCGAAUGAACGUUCCAAAUAACUUACUCCAGGCCUUAACAAAGGUGGAAGGACCGCGACCAUUUAUUUUUGAAAAUGACUGCACAGAGGUAUUGGAUAGAAAUAUAUCGUUACGAAUAACUGCGCUACGGGAAGCCUUUGAGGAACUAGGUGUUCUAUUUGGACAUACCGAUGGACAAGCCGCUUCUAGGACAAACGGAUUCAGCGAGUGUUUUCAAAACUUUGAUAUAACUUCGUGGCAAAAAAGUGUACAUGACGGCGAAAAAUCUUUUGCGGACCUUUGCAAUAAGCUUGAUAUCCUACCGGAUAUUCUCAAUAUGUAUGAAUGGUCUACGUGGUUAACACCAGCCAUGUUCCGAAAACGUCGAUUCGAAACGGCGUUCUACUUAAUUGCGUUGAACGAGAAACCUGCAAUCACAGCAGAACCGCAUGAAGUUGACCAGUAUUUCUGGGAGACUCCAGCUGGUUUGCUGCAGGCACACAAGGAAGAGAAGCUUUGGCUAGCGCCACCUCAAUGUUACGAACUGACGCGGCUCAGUCAUCUCUACGACAUUGACGAGAUUGUUCGCUUUGCAAAAAUCAGAUGCCACAAGGGAAGUCCACUCUUCUGCCCUGUUCAGUAUAAAUGUUCGGAUGCGGUCGUUUUUCUGUUGCCAGGGGAUGAUUUGUAUCCUCAAAACUAUGAUUAUAUCACAGCUCAUGAUUUUGAGAAAUACCAAAAUAUGACAGCGGCGCAAUUAAGGCAAGAGUCUAAAAAUUUGCACCGAACGGAACAUACCGGGUUGCAUGCGCAAGUUUACUAUCAAAACAUUACGCCGUUUAAUGGCCAUUUAAGUCUAAGCGGAGAAGGAACACAUUUAGCAAAGUUGUAAAACAGGGAAACAAAACAAUGGGUAUUGUUCUUGUCAUAUAUUGGUUUAUCAAUAUCACAAUCUAAGUAUGUAUCAAUUUUCUGGAUGGUAAUGACUCGAUGAGUUUGUAUCCACAUUGCGCUAAUGGUGUCAAUCGUAAACCUAAGUAUCAGAGAAGAAUCUUAUGUUAACACAAUCUAUUGUGGUGCCAAUAAAUACUGUGAAUAAUUCGGGUUUAGCUCGUAUCAGUCGAUA